AUCAAGUAUCACCUAAAUAUGUCAAGCAUUCAAAGGCUGUUUUAGAACAUGAAGGAUUGAUAUGUCUCAUGGCAUGUAUAGGACUCUGCAUCUGAGAGAGUGAAAACUUCCCUUUUUCUGACCGUCACUGUUUUCAGCAUGAUCCAAGGUGUAUCUGGUGAUAGGUGGCACAUUAAGGUCCCUCAAUCCUCUGUCUGUGCUGUGGCCGGGUCCACUGUGGUCAUUCCAUGCUCUUUCACUCAUCCUCCCAACGUAACAGUGAAGAAGGUUUUGUGGACGAUCAGUAACAGGUCGGACGAAGACCUCUUGGAGAAUCCAGAGUACAUGAGCAGAGCUCAGCACAAUGGUGAUAUGAUGAACAACUGCACUCUGACUCUCAGAGAUGUAGACCUAUCAGACAGUAGAGUGUAUUAUGUAAGGAUUUUAACAGAUGAACAGGAAGUGUAUCCUCUGCCAACAGAGCCGAUUGGAGUCACACUGUUAGUUACUGAUCUUUCUGUUGAGGGGGCUGGGCCUGUGGUUGAGGGAGAAGAGGCGAGGCUGAGAUGCAAACACUCCUGUGGGUUUGAUGACAACAACCCCACAGUGACAUGGACAAAGAACGGCCAAGGUGUACUUACUAGACAAACAGACAACAGCGAUCUUGUCCUCCAGAACAUCAGGAUUGAGGAUGAGGGUUAUUAUUCCUGUGCGUUAACAGAUGAUGAAAGACAUCCAUCCAAAGAAGUGAUGCUCAGAGUGAUGUACGCACCAAGAAACACCUCAGCAUUGGUCAGUCAGUCUAAUGAAAUAGUGGAGGGUAGUUUAGUGAGACUGAACUGUAGCAGUGAUGCCAACCCACCAGUGGAGAGCUACACCUGGUUUAAGAAGAUUGGUGUAACCAUCACACAGUUAGCUACAGGGCAAGUUUACACUAUUCCUAAGGUCAGCUCCAAACACACUGGCUACUACUACUGUAAGGCCAAGAACCAGUAUGGUACCAGUAAUUCUUCAGAUGUCUACCUGAAUGUGCAGUAUGCACCAAGAAACACCUCAGCAUUAUUGGUCAGUCCAUCUGGUGAAAUAGUGGAGGGCAGCUCAGUGAGACUGACCUGUAGCAGCGUUGCCAACCCACCAGUGGAGAGCUACACUUGGUUUAAGAAGACUGGAGUAUCCAUCACACAGUUAGUUACAGAGCAAGUCUCCACCAUUCCUAACCCAUCAGUGGAGAGCUACAACUGGCUUAAUGUGGAUGAGACUACAACAUUACCCAUGACAACAGUGUCUAUUUACAACAUCAGCAACAUCAGCUUUGAACAAACUGGAUAUUACUACUGUCAGGCAGACAACAAGCAUGGCGCCAAUAAUUCUUCUGUGAUUCACCUGGAAGUUUUUUAUGCCCCAAAGAACAUCGCUGCAUCAAUAAGCCCACAGGAUGACAUACGUGAGGGCAGUUCAGUGAAUCUGACCUGCAGCAGUGACGCCAACCCACCAGUGGAGAGCUACACCUGGUACAAGAGUGGAACUGUUCCUUCUCGCAUAGGAUCUGGGCAGGAGCUCAGGAUCAUUGACCUCAACUCUGACCACUCUGGACGCUACUACUGCGAGGGACAGAACUCAUUUGGCUUCAACAGGUCUCGUGAGGUUUACCUGGAGGUACAAUUCUUGCCGUGGCAGAACAUUGCUGUUGUUGUUGCAAUGGGAUCAGUCCCAUUAACCGUCAUUGUGCUGUACUGCCUUAUCUACAAAGGAGUGAAGAAAUGUUCAAAACAUGCUCACACACUGGCGACUGUUCAUGGUGUUUAUGAGGAAGUCCCAGCUCUCCUCCAAGCGACCUCCGUUCCUGCUCAAACAGUGGACUCAGGUGACCAAGAUGAUGUCCAGUACGCCAGCGUUCAGUUCAAGAGAUCUGGAGUUCAGCAGGUGCCACUGUACUCCACAGCCCAGAAGCCCAAGCCACACACCCAGCUGCAGGAGGAAGGGGAGGUGGAGUACGCAGCAGUCAACUUCUCUAGACCCACUGCUGCCACCCAACGGCCUGCAAACACAGUGAUCUACAGCAAGUCCACAAACAGAAAAAUGAACUCGAAGAGACCACGGGACUCUCCGCCAGCUCCACCAAGCCCAGCUGGAGUCUGAUGGUAGUGCUCGUGAAGCAAGCAGUGUGCUGUGUGCAGUUUCUGGAUAUGCUCAGAUUGUCUAAUUAUUACCUCCGCCAAGGAAGUUAUGUUUUCAUCGGGGUUUGUCUGUCUGUCUGUCUGUGAGCAAGAUAACUCAAAAAGAAAUGGAUGGAUUUUGAUGAAAUUUCCAGGGAAGUUCUGAAAUGACCCAAGGAAGAAAUCAUUAAAUUUGAGGGAGUGAUCCGUAUCACCGUUUGGAUUCAGGAGGCGGUUAUGUUUGGUUAUGUAAUGGCAUGGUAUGGCUGUGUGAUGGCCGUGUGGUGGCGAUUUCAAUAGGCUAGGUUCAAAUGUAUGACAACCAAGAAGAACAAUGCAGGCGGAGGUCUGUGCUCUCUGAGUGCUUUUCUAGUUGCUGUAUGAGUUCACUAUUUGACAUCGUUUAUGUGAGUACCCAUAUCAUGAUGAAUUUUGUAUGCUAUGCUGUGGAAUCCUUUUCUUUUCCCGUGCAUGCACAUACAGACAUGGACAGGAACACAUAUGUGUAUACACUCACACUCACAAACACACAAAAAAACAAACAAACACACACACACACGACACGUGCAAUAGACUGCAGAAUAGUUGUUCCUGUAACUGUGCCUGCUUUACUUUUGCCUUACUUUCAAUUCACGCUAACACAAACACAUAGACGCACAUGCGCGUGUGCACACACACACACACACACACACACACACACAAACACGUACUGUACAUGCUCACACACACUGUUCAGCAGACCAAAAAGGUCACUCCUGUCUGUCCCUUAAAUUCCAUGCCAUUUCUUUUCACACCAGAUUUAAAUGUAUGACUUAAGCAACAUAUCUGAUUCUCUUUCAGUUUUUUGAAACAAUA